AUGCGGCUGUUUGCAAUCUCCCUUGCACUCCCCCUUGCACUCCCGCUUGUCAAAGCAGGGAGUAAUCCCGCGCUGAGAAGUCGACAGAAUGUCGACUUCAGAGACCAUAAUCGACCUAUCUCAAAGAGCUUCAUUGUGGAGUUUGCGCCACCGGCCGUUGACCAGCGACACCAGGGCUCGAAUCAGCGACGGGAUGGGCUCGCGUCGACCGAUGGUGUCACACUCGUAAAGACUUACGACAACAAGGUCUUUACGGGUGCAAGCGUCGAGACGGAGAACCACACUCUCGACUCCUUGUUGAGUCUUCCUGACGUUGUGAAUGUUUGGCCCAAUGUGGCAGUCAAGCUCGACCCUGUGGAAAGCAAGCGGUUGGUCCAAGGCGAGGAUGUGGCGUACACGACGCACAAUGCUACCGGUAUCUCCAAGUUGCACGCACAGGGUGUCUUUGGAAAGAGGGCCAAAGUUGGCGUUGUUGAUACCGGUAUUUGGUACUGUUGGUAUCCCUAUCACAGGGAUGUUGGUUCGAACCGUAGGGUCCUGGGGGUGACGAAGUAUCAAUAUCUCUGUAUUGAUUGA